AUGAUUUGGGGUCCAUCGCGCCAUUGUUCAGCGAUAAUCGAGUGGUUGCCAAAAAUUCCAGAUGGCCGUGUCUAUAUUUCAAGUGCCGGUGCUAAUUCGAACAAAUCGCCGCAAUACGUCGCUAUCGACGGAGCUAUGCGAGUCCCAAUUUUCGACAGUUUUGUGAGUCGUGUCACCAUGGGACGGUUGGAGUGCUUCAGAAUACUCCUGAAAGCGGUACCACGGUUUUACGACAAACGGUUGAUUGAGCUGGCAUUUGGUCGACGCUGA